UUUGGGUGGAAAAUGAAUUAAAUUAUUUCUCCUUUUGAUUUGAGAUUAAUUAUUCAUUCCCAUAUUCUCCCAUGCCAUAAAUUAAAACUCGAGAAAAAUAUUUUUAGUCAGAGAUGUGGGAGUAGGUUGAAAAACUUUAUUUUCAUACAAAGUUUAGACAGGAUAAAAUCUUAAAACUUCAAAACCCAAGCAAAUCAUUAUAUUUUUUUUUUGGUUUUGGUUUUUUUACAGCCAAUAAGAAAUGGAUAUGAAAUUGUGGGCUGUAGUCUACAAUUCUACCAGAGAAGAGUAUGAUGCCAUACCCAAGUCAUGGCUCUGUGCAAACGCGAUUCAAGCAAUGUACCCCAUAGAAAACAAAUCCAAAACCCUACAAAUGGCUACCAAUGGGGAUGAUAUUCCGAAGAAUUCAGCAUUUGAAUUGAACGAGGUGAAAUGGUACAAAAAUAAGUGGUAUGAAACUUUUGAAUUAGCCUACGAAACUGCCUUCCGCUUAACAAAAGGGCAAAUAUCUAAGUCAGCAUCUGAGGCCGAAGACAGAGGACGAGGUAAACGGCAGAAGAAGAGAAAAAUCAUCUCAAGUGACGAAGAAGAGGCAGAAGUAGCCCCUACUAAAAAGGGAGCAUUCGAACAGUCUGAAGUACAUGAGUUCGUAUCUAAUCAAUUAAUGAAAACAAAAAACAAACCACCCCCCUCAAUACCUACUGGGGCUUCAAAUCUCUCUUUGACAACCAAAACCGUUAAGCGCUCUAACUCUGUAGUAAAAUCUACCAAGACUUCCAAGGGCUCCAUACAAUCGCCUAAAAAAAUAAAUCAAUUUGUUGCUCAUCAAUCAAGUGGAACUGGUGACAAUUCCGUUAUUUGCCAACCUACAAUACAAUCGCCUAAACAAAUAAAUCAAUUUGUUGCUCAUCAAUCACGUGGAACUGGUGACAAUCCCAAAACAAUCAAAUCUUCAUGCAACCUCAAUAAAUCUGUCACCAAUCAGUCUAGUGAAACCAGUGACAGUAAAUCGCAAAAUUGUUCUGCCAGUCAGCCUAGUAACCCCGACCUUGCUUCUUUUAUUGACAUAACUCCAAACAGCCCCCCGGAAAUGGAGACACUGCCUGGCAGCAGCCCUCUCAAGAAUAAGAAAAAUUCACCUCCUCAGCAGAAGUCAGUGAAGAACCAUUUACUUUCUACUAGUAGGAGCAGUUCUUCCAUCACCAUAGCAAAAUUAUUGAAGGACAUAAAAUGCAAAUAUGGCAAAAAGUACAAGCAUUUCUGUCCAACCCGGCUCAAAUGUUGCAUCCUGGAAGCAAUAAUUCAUUGCCUGUGUGCUAUGUCAU